AUGCCCUUUGAAACCGUUGUCUCGUCCAACAUUGGGAAGUUUCCAGUGUACAAAUGGAUUCAUAAAGAAUCCGGGUUCUCUAUGUGCCUUGUCAAAACUCAUGUAACUGAAAUAUCCUGCAAUAUCGUCGUGGCUACGGAAACACAUAAUCAGCUUGGUUGCCCUCAUACUCUGGAGCAUCUUUGUUUUAUGGGCAGCAAGCGCUAUCCCUUUAACAGCACUCUUACGCAAAUGGCAGAGCGUGUCAGCGCAGAAAUUAAUGCUUACACAGCCGAAGAUAUAACCGCAUAUGAAAUGACUGUUCCAAGUGAAAAGGGUUUUCUUCGACUACUGCCUGUGUUUGCUGACCAUGUGCUCCAACCUGUUCUAAGCGAUGCUGCUUUUCGCACUGAAGUCUUUCACGUCAACGAACAAGGCGAGGAGUCCGGAGUCGUGUUUUCCGAGAUGCAAAAUGUACAGAAUUACGAACUUGAUUGGGAUACAAUGCGCGAAAUCAUGUAUCCUGCCAGCAGCGGAUACCGGUACAACACCGGAGGUCUCACACAAUUUCUACGCAAGUUGACAGUUGAAGACAUUCGAAAAUACCAUAAACAAUAUUACACCCCAAGUAAUGUUUGUGUCGUUGUUCUUGGUCCUGUUGAUGAAAAUGCUUUGCUGAAAGUUGGUGAGCAAAUCGUCUCAAACUUUAUGGAGGAUGGUUUUCAAUCAUCCGCAGACUGGAAGCGUCCCUGGGUAGAUACCUACACCCCUUGUUCUCUUCCCGAGAGCGUUGUUCGUACCGUUGAAAAGCCUGCGGACGAAGAUGACGAAAAUGCAGAAGUGAAGGUCUGGUGGUACGGACCUUUGUGUAACGAUGUAACAACUGUCUUCGCACUUGACCUUUUGUUCACUUAUCUCAGCACCUCCGCGGUAUCCCCCAUCAGUCAAACAUUCAUUGAGAUUGAGGACCCGUGGUGCAACAAUGCGUCUAUGUACGUAGAUGAGGGACUUCCCAGCGCCAUUAACCUUUCCCUGAGCGGUGUGCCACUCGAACGUAUGGAUGAGUUGGCUAUACGUAUCCACGAAUUGCUCCGGUCCAUCAAUUCUAUUGAUAUGCAACGUAUGGAGGAAACACUUACAAAAAGUCGAAAUGAGCUUUUAACUUACUUGGAAACGGAUCCGAGCCUGGUAUUUAUGGAUACAAUUUCUCAUUGCCAUGCAUUUGGUCCACGUGACGGAUCAAACUUGGUCGAGUCUCUUGACUAUUUGCGCCAGUACGAUAUUGUACAGUCAUGGACAGAAAAGCAAUGGCUGGAUCUUUUACGUAAAUGGAUUGUGGAUGCGAAAUCAGUUACAAUUAAAUCCCGUCCAUCUUUUGAAUUCGCCCAAAAGCUGAAACAGGAACAAGAAGAACGCGUGCAACAAGCCGUUGAGAAGUACGGACCGGAGGGUUUGUCCGAGCUUGGACGUCAGCUUGAGCUCGCAAAGCAAGCAAAUGAAACCCGACCCCCCGUUGACCUUAUCCGCAACUUUGCUCAUUUCGAUCACCGCGAUAUCAAAUUUUACGAAUCAAAGACUGCUGUGACUAAAUCAACACAUCGCAAUGAAUAUGCCAAUGAUGUCCAGGCGUUGGUUUCCAACGAUGAAACGCUCGUCCAAAAGAAUCCAUGGUACAUCCAGUUUGAUCACAUCGAAAGCGCAUUCGUUACCACUACCGCACACAUAUCAACUUGUCAAAUCUCACCCCAUCUGAAGGACUACCUGGGAGUGUUUGCUCGAUAUGUUCAAGUAGCUCCUGCUUGUUUGCCAAAUGGUGAACAACUCGACCAUGAGCAGCUGGUUCGCCGACUCGAACGCGAAACGGUAAGCCAUGAUGUUAAUCUUGAUGUUACAGAAUCAACAUGCCGAUACACACAGCAGGAUUCUACGCGCGAAACACUUGUGGCCAUGGUGCGCGUUUUGUCAUCGGACUACGAACGUGCAGUUUUCUGGUUGGGUGUACUUUUGGCACACACAACUUGGGACGUUUCACGUCUUCAGUCCGUUGUUGGUCAGUUGCUUUCGGAAGUCAAGUCCCAGUUCCGUAAUCCGGAGCAUGUCGCGCCUGCUUUUGCCAAUACGGUACUGUACAACGACCACUCGCUCCGUUAUCGUCUGAGUCUUAUUCAACAACGUCGCGUGCUCGAGCAGUUGCGUGCGCAACUGCACACGGAACCCGAAACUCUUAUAAGGGAUUUAGAACUGCUGAGAAAAGAACUGCUUCGACCGGAAAAUAUCCGGCUCCAUGUGUACGGUGACGUUUUGCAGAUGAAAGAGCCCGUAAAGCAAUGGCAAGGUUGGCUUACCUCAAAAUCGACCGGCGAGACUACGGAUGCUGGCGAAAACGGUGAUUUUCUCUCGAGCUCUGUUUUCGAGACCUUUUCCACCGGCACCCUUCAUGUUAUCCCCAUGCCUGCAACCGAAAGCAGUGAUAUAAUCCAUGCGGUCCGGGGACCCAAGGAUUGGACGGAUCCCCAGCUUCCUGUCAUCAUGCUUCUGUCAAGUUGGGUAUCCAUUUUCGAUGGUGCAGUAGGCACCGCCAUUCGCGGAGCUGGUCUCGCCUAUGGAUACCACUUGUCGAUCGAUGUGGAGGGAGGCAUCAUCUACUUUGUUGUAAAUAGUAGUCCGGAUGUUGUGCAAGCAUGGUCCUCGUUGAAAGAGCUGUUUGGCAAGAUCUCGGCAAACUCAGAUAGCAUAAGCAACACAGAGCUGGAUACGGCUCGCUGCAUCGCUUACUCUCAGCUAACUUACUUGGGAAGCAACCCGAGAUAUGCCGCUCGGACCUCGUUUGAUCAGCAAGCCCUGAAGGGUUUGGGUGCCGACGCUCACCGUAAGCUCCUUGAUCAACUGUCUCAAGUCGGCUUGGACGCUGUUAGAGACGCAUUGCGUAAUGUGUUUACCCGUAUAUUCGACCCGGCCCAAUCCACGACGGUAGUGACGAGUUCGUUAGCCAAGUUGGAUACCACUGUCAGUACAUUCUCCCAAGCAGGUUACGCAGUGGAGAUCCAGAAGCUUGGUGAAUGCGAAGAUGGCGACGAGAGUGAAGUUGAAGACCAGGGCGCUCAGUAA